AUGGCCAAGUUCCCAUCCACCAUAGCCUGCUUCCUCUUGCUCAUCUCUAUUCUCAAUAAAUCAUUCUCUGCAAGAAAUCUCAGCAACUCAACUCCAACCCAUCAUCACCACAAGCAUUUCAACUUCACAUUCCUUAUGAAAAAUGUGCUCAAUUCCAAUACCACUCAUCCCUCAUCAAAACCUGCAAAAACAGAAGUCACCAGUCAGCUUCCAUUUCCAAAGCCAUUAGGCUUUUUCCCUCCUGAUGGAGGGAUCCCUUUACCCCAAUCCCAGCCCUCAUCUCAAACACUUGAUGUUUCCAAUAUGGGUCUGUUUUUCCCUCCUGCAGCUACUCUUCAGGAAUUGAAACUUGGUACACUCAUGAUAAUUGAUCAGGACUUGUUCGAGCAUUCAGCUUAUGGCUCACAAGUUCUUGGAAAAGCACAAGGGAUUUAUGUGUCUGCUUCUGAAGAUGGAUCUAGUCAUAUGAUGGCUAUGACAGCAACUUUUACAGAUGCUGAGUUUAAGGAUGGAUUGCAAUUUUUCGGGGUGCAUCGGAACGAUGGAGCUGAGUCUCAUAUUGCUGUUAUUGGUGGCACUGGCUUGUAUGAUGGUGCGAAUGGCUAUGCAACAGUUACAGCAGUAGAUGCAGACUCUGGGGCUUCCAAACAAGAGCAGAAAGAUAAAAAGUUCCUUUUGUUCAAUGUUUAUCUCAGCUUGUAA